GAAAAUUAUCUUAAUAUUUAUUGAUAAGGCACGACUAACAGUGUCUUCACUUACGUUAACUUCAAACUCAUAUGACCUAUCAGAAUGUGAUGAUUGUCUGUGGUGCUAAUAGUAUUUGUUAAUAUUUAUUGUAUCUGAAUUGUAAGUGUAGUAUCUGUGAUAGAAUAUGGUAGAAGAAACUACGAACAAUGUUUCUGGUGGAAAUUCCAGUAGUGAAACUGCACAAAAUGGACAGUUGUCUCCACAAGGAGCAGGAGAUAACCAAAAUGCAGCUCCAGAACCACCCAGAAGAUCCAUGUUUGAAAUUACCAAAGGUUUCCUCUUAAGAGCAUUUUUUAUGUACAUGAUAGCAUCAUUCUUUAGAAAAAGUCCCUCCACUCCCGAUUCUACUACUACUCCGGCAAGACCACCUGCACUUAAUUACUUUGAGAAUGCAACAUUGAUGGAUUUGUAUGUAUUUUUAUCUGAACAUGAAAUAUUCACAAAUUUUAAUGAUUCAAAAGCCCUCAUAUGGGAGAAACAUGACUUGGUUUAUGGAGAUUGGCUGAGUGGGACUGAUGGCGAUGGUACAUACACUUUCGAAACUACCAUAAAAACAUCAGAGAAAAUUCGCAAUAACGGUUCCUUGUAUUUACACACAUAUAUUAUCAAAAAAGAGGAUACAUCAGCUCAGAAAAAUGUAAAAGAAAGGUUAUCAGACGUUGGUGUAGCGUAUUCUAGUAAACAACUGAACAAGUUUAAGAAAUUGCGGUAUACGAAAACUCAGAACUUACUCACUGGAGAGUCACCUCUUACCCCAGAGGAAAUGGAGCAAGCAGAAAAAACCAAUCAAGCGAUUAUUUCACACUGGCAUCCGAAUAUUACGAUCAAUUUUGUGACAGAUCAGACCAAUUGGAUACAAGGAACUAUCCCAUCUCCUCUAAAUGAAUUCAUUGAAUUCACUCCUAAUGGUAAUUACUAUAAACCAGUAGUAUUUUAUAAUGAUUUUUGGAAUCUAUUGAGAGACUAUCAACCCAUUAACGACACAACUCAGUAUUUGGAUUUGAGAAUUACCUACCAGCCACUAUCUCUCUUUAAAUGGCAAAUGUACCUUGCACAUUCGAUGAGGAGCAGAUUUACAGCAAAUAUAUUCCAGGAUGAGACUGAAGAUGAGGAUCAAGAUUCCUUGAAAGAAGCGCUUCUAGAAACCUCACCGUAUCUCCUCACAGCUACCGUUAUCAUAUCGCUUCUCCACUCUGUUUUCGAGCUGUUAGCAUUCAAAAAUGAUAUUCAAUUCUGGAACAACCGCAAAUCUCUGGAAGGACUCUCUGUACGAUCAGUUUUCUUUAAUGUCUUCCAGUCGCUCAUUGUAUUACUUUACGUCUUGGAUAAUGAUACCAACACUCUCAUAAAGAUAUCAUGUUUUGUCGGUCUUGCGAUAGAAGUUUGGAAAAUAAACAAGGUGGUGGAUAUAAGUCUCAAUCGUGAAAACAAGUUGUUAGGAAUUAUACCUCGACUGAAGUUCACCGACAAGGGAUCUUAUGUCGAGUCGAGUACGAAGCAGUACGACCAGUUGGCUUUCAAGUACCUCUCGUGGGUCCUGUUCCCAAUGCUGGCCGCAUACUCUGUAUAUUCUCUCAUAUAUCUUCAUCAUAAAGGAUGGUACUCUUGGGUCCUGAAUAUGAUCUACGGCUUCUUGCUGAUGUUUGGUUUUAUAAUGAUGACACCACAGCUUUUCAUUAACUAUAAGUUGAAAUCGGUUGCGCACAUGCCUUGGCGAAUGAUGUCGUAUAAAUGCUUAAACACAUUCAUCGAUGACAUUUUUGCCUUUGUAAUUAAGAUGCCCACUAUGUACCGAUUGGGAUGCUUCAGAGAUGAUAUCGUCUUUUUUAUAUUCUUGUACCAGAGAUGGAUUUAUAAGACAGAUCCUAAGCGAAUCAAUGAAUUUGGUUUCUCCGGAGAAAUGGAGAACCAGGUUGCUAUCAAACCUGAUGAAUCACCGAUUAAAAGUAUAGAAGCAAAAAAAGAAGAUUAACUUCAUUAUCAAUGUCUAUAAUUGACAGCAUUAUUAAAUUUUUAGAAAAAAUAAAUGUUUAAUUUUUUUUUAAAUUAAUUUUUGCCGUCCAGUCAGUAGCUUCUUAUAUGUUAGUUUCUGUUAUUGUUUUUUUGAAUAAUGUGUAGUAUUGUUGAAAUUUUGAACAAUUUUUAUUUAAUUAUUUGUUAUCAGGCAUUGACUGGACCCUGGUUAUAUAAAAACAAAUCGAAUAAUGGUGUUAAAAACCGAACCAAAGACUUUUCAUUUAUAAUUUAUUUAUUGAUAAAAGUAUACUUGUAUAUUAAUAUACAGUAUUAUAUUGUAUAUAUGAAAUGCAAUAUUCUCAAUCUUAUUAAAUUAUAUUAUGUUAAAAACUUUUGCCCAGUCUUUCCAAAACCAUAAAUCGAUGUUGUACAUUCCUUCUUUUAAGUAUUGAUUGCAAUAUGUUCUUGUUUUAUAUUUAUUGUAUUAAGAAUACCUUCAAGUGUUGUAUCCUUUACGUAUUUUAUGCAUAUAUUGUAAAUGU